CUGGACAGGCCCAUUUUCUGGCGCUGUAGGGGGAGAAAGAGCGAGUCCGCGAAGGCGCGGCAGAGCCUGAACUUUAAGUCGAACCGACAAGCCAGAUUUCGUGGCUGGGAUUAAAGCAUUCAAACAAUAUUCUCUGCUAAGAAGAGUGAGGCGGGGACUCGGAGAGUUUCACUUCCGUCGCUCUCCCCACACGGUCCCCUGUGCCGAGGGUACAGUCCAAAGUUUUGGCUCCGCCGGGAGGGGCUCCAGGGCGGCGGGAACUGCAAUUGGUGGCUUUGAAGGUGCAGCAGGCGGGAACAUCUGAUGAGGAGAGAGCCGGCCGGCGAUGUGGUACGGUAAGAGGACCCCUGGCGGAAUGGCAUCGGGCCCCCGAGCGUGGAGGAAGCCUUGAAGAAGCCACGUCCCACGACUCUGAGGCGACUUCUUCGCGACUGCCGCAAGUCCCAAGGUGUGGGAUUGGCCCUUGCUCUCGGGCCGGAGGCUGGGGACUACACUUGAGGCUGAGUGCCAAAGAGAUGGAUGAAACUGUUUCCGAGUUUUUCAGGAGGACCAUCUUGAAAAUCCCAUUGACUGAAAUGAUGACAAUACUAAAAACCUGGAAUUUUUUGUCUGAAAAUCAACUGCAGACUGUAAACUUCCGGCAGAGAAAGGAAUGUCUUGUUCAGGACUUGGUUCUGCUUUGUGAGGAAAAUCGUGCAAGUCUCAAUGAUGCAGCCCUUUUAGACAUCAUUUAUACUCAAUUUCAUCGGCAUCAGAAAGUUUGGGAUGUUUUUCAGAUGAGUAAAGGACCAGGUGAAGACACUGACCUUUUUGAUAUGGAACAAUUCAAAAGUUCAUUCAAGAAAAUUCUUAAGAGAGCAUUAAAAAAUGUGACAGUCAGCUUCAGAGAUGCUGAGGAGAAUGCAGUAUGGAUUCGAAUUGCCUGGGGAACACAGUAUAGAAAGCCAAACCAGUACAAACCUGCUUACGUGGUGUAUUAUUCCCAAACACCAUAUGCCUUCACUUCUUCCUCCCAACUGAAAAGCAAUCUACCCCUUCUGGGUCAGGCACUGACAAUUGCUAGCAAACACCAUCAGAUUGUGAAAAUGGACCUCAGAAGCCGGUAUCUGGACUCUCUUAAGGCUAUUGUUUUUAAACAGUAUAAUCAGAUCUUUGAAACUCACAACUCUACUACACCUCUACAAGAAAGAAGCCUUGGGCUAGAUAUAAAUAUGGAUUCAAGGAUCAUUCAUGAAAACAAAACAGAAAAAGAGAGGGUCCAGAGAGUGACUCAAGAAAUUUUUGGAGACUAUCCACAACCAAGGCUAGAAUUUGCACAAUACAAGCUUGAAACGAAAUUCAAAAGUGACCUAAAUGGGGGCAUCCUGGCUGAGAGAGAAGAACCCCUCCGGUGCCUAGUUAAGUUCUCUAGCCCCCAUCUUCUGGAAGCACUGAAAUCCUUAGCACCAGCCGGUAUUGCAGAUGCACCACUUUCUCCAUUGCUCACUUGCAUACCCAAUAAGGGAAUGAAUUAUUUUAAAAUUAGAGAUAAAUAAGAUGUAUGUGGUUUUGUAAGUACAGCUUGACUGUAUUGCAUAUGCAUUUUAUAAUGACUAGCUGGAUAGCUUCUAUCUGCAAACUUGUUUUAGAGAUUAAUCCUUGAUGUUGAUGAUUUAGAAAUGUUCAGUAUAGUUCUUGGGACUGAUUCUUUCCUCCUCCUGCAAAGCAUAGCAGUUGUGGGACUUUAAGAUGUGACAGGAUGUCAUUUCUCUCACUCCUGUCUCUCCUCAAUCCUGGAGAGGUCUGGUUCCAGUUGCUGGUUUCCAGGGAUUUUCUCUUAAGCCUUGGAUCACAGAAAGAAGCAACAAGAAACUAUACCCAACCCAAAACUUUCCAGGAGAACCAUAAAAUUGGUCCAUUCAAAAGGCAGAAUUGGGCCCAUUAAGUUAUUAUUGCAGGAGGUAGCCUAUCAGUUGAUUCAGCUAUAUAAAAUAAUGAUUUCAUUGUAAAUAUGGUACUUCUCGUCUAUUUUAUCAUACAUAUGGCAUUCGAACUGACAGAUAAUAUACAGGUUUGUGAAUAAAGAUAUUUAAA